UAACUAUGGCGAAUUCCAUAUAAAUACAUGGCAUUUUGAAAAUGUGUCAUUCUUUCACUUGCUUUGUUCUUUUACUUCCAUACUUACUCCUCCCAAAAUUCCUCUAAGGAACCCCGCCUUGUAGAUUUACUCCGGAGCAUCCAACGUGCGGGACAAAGAGGCGGAUCUCUUAGCACAGGUGAAUGAAUAGAAGAUGCGCGUUUCCCUAGUAAAACUGAAUCGGCUCGGCGACUGUUAACUUCUGCCAAGAGUUCCUCUCGAAUCGGACGACUGGUGGGAAAGUUUACGAUUUUGCAGCGGAGCGAUGCGUGGACGAUGGGCUCCGGCAGGCGGAUGCACUGUGCCAUUGUGCGUGCUUGCCUGUUGAUUCUUAUUCUGUUUUUAACUCUGCAAGUUUUCGUGGGGAUUUUAGCGCCGGGGACCCCUCGCUUCUCGGAGGACGGGGUUGUCUUCACGAUUAUUAGCAUUGAAAACUCUUGGAAGCCGAAAGAAAGUCCGAUAGCACAGAGCGGCACUGGUCAGGAUACGAAGACUUGGGGUCCGGAAUUUUUGGAAGGCGAACACGGGGAUGCUGCAGAAUAUUUACCGCACCUCUAUCAAGACGAGAACGAGAAUAUGACACGAACGGAAGAAGUUUCUAACCAUAUUGAGCUUCAGCCUUGGGCGGGUGGCCAGCCAUCUUUCAAGGCUGAAGUGGACCGUUUCCUUGCCUACAUCACCACUCCACAGGUCCACUGCAACAAGGCGCUGACUGCAGGUGAGGUCAGAGAGAAGCAGGUCGCUGCUAGCACGUGGGCCAUCUGCUUGGAAGCAUGGUUUUUGCCCCGGGUGCCACCGAAACCUUGUGUGGUGUAUUCAUUCAGCAUGGAUCAGAAGGAUGGGCUGUUUGUGUCACGCAUGGCUGCUGAAGGAUGUGAAGUACACCACUUUGAUCCUAGUAGCCCAUCUGCGCACAGCCAGCAAGAGAGCCAUGCACACCAUCACAGGACCUGGCUGGAUUGGCGAGAACAGAAGCCAGGACGCAGGAAGAACAACCCUAUGAAGCUCAAGACCAUCAUGCAAUUCCUGGGACAUAAAAAGGUGGAAUAUGUCCAGGCAGACCUGGAGAGUGCCGAGUGGAAGGUCCUUGAGAACGUGCUUCUGGAUGGGACAAUCUCCUUGAUAUAUCAGCUCAUUCUCACCGUCCAUCUGGGCUGGGCUGGUUUUGAAGUAGCAGGUGCUGAAGAAGAAGUGAUCCGGUUUUGGUACAGCUUGCUAUGGAAACUCCAGUCCGUCGGGUUCCAGUUGCACCACAGUUUCCGAGGGUCGGGCCAGACUGUCCUGCGGCACUCUCUGACUAAUGCCAGCAGCACUUACACGCUUUGCUGGGUGAACACUAGAUGGAGCUAGCAAAGCACUGGCAUGGAAAACACGACACCAGAUGAGAGAAGCAGUAAAAAUAGAAACCUCCAGGGCAGCUGAGUUUUAUGCUUGUCUGGACCUGAAAGUGCCGACUGUGUGAGGAAUUUCCUUUUUUGUUAAAAAAAUGUUACUCCUAGAUGUUGCAAGACAUCCAUCUGGGCAAGCAAACUGUCGCCAGGAAAUUUUUACUUCUCUCAACAAACGAGGCUUCUGAAACUUUUUUUUUUUUUUAUUGCAGACAAGUGAUAUAGUGCAGCAUGCGUUGAACAGCUUCAAUAAGUCGUGUUACUUCUUUGUCCUAAGAAAACAGACAUGUUAAGUUAUUACUUUUAAUCGGUAUAUUUCUGAUUGUGUUGAAAACAUGAUCCAUUAUCUAAUUCCAGGAGUAAAAUACACGAGAGGACUCUAGGCCAGAAGACAUUGUUGGCCCGUAAGCAAUGCAGUUGAUGGCUGCAAGUUAUAAGAACUUGAAUUACGUUCAGUAAAAAGGGUGGUUUUCCCAGGAUGCAGUAUGGUAUCAGUAUUAGAAAUAAAUACUUGAAAAUAA